UCAGUCCAGAGUUCACCUGCAGUUUACUCCGAUUCCUCCCAGGUUUCUGUUGAGCUAUUUCCGUCUCUUUCUCUCCUCUGAAACCGUUGUGUUUUCUGAUGAGACCUUCCUUGGGAGGCAGGAGAAAGACUGAUUGCGGAUUGCCGAGCCUGAUUGAGGUUUCAUGCGGGGAUGACAGAAAAUCACACAAUCUGCAGAAUUUAGCCGUCAACACUUGGACACUCUUUACAAGAGUCUGAGGGAGAGUGAUGAGACCAGCUGAGAAAUCAGUGGUGCCUUGACUUCAGUGGAGUCGUGGGGGAUUGGUGCUAUUUUGCUCCCUCUUUCGCCCCCAGCCAAUCAGAGGUGGAGCUGAUUGCGAGGACUGUGGCUUUCUUCACAUACAACACAUGGGAAGCAGCUUUAACACAACUAUAUGAGAGAGGUCAUUUUCUGGAUGUGUUUUAAAGAACAGUUUCUAGGAGGUAAUGUCCAUUUAACACUCACUAAGUAGGAACAUGAAUGUAUGUAAUGUGUUUAACCAUCAUCUUUAGUCCUUAUUUAUUCACUUUAAUCAAAACAAAUGGAAAUCUGUGUGGUGUUAUUUCUGAUUGCACCCUAGGUAUGAGUAAUCAUUCCCACAUGUGUUAUCAGUAGCUUUAUGACCAUAUUGACCUAACCAGAAGCCAACAGUGUUCUAACAGUGGCAGUAAACUCCAGACAAGAUGCAGCCAUGGAACUCUACAGGUUCAGGGGAUCUGCAGGGGAACAGCAGUGACACCGGGCUUGGCAACGUUGAGCAGGUCCUGGUUCCAGUAUUAGACGCAAUGAUUCUGGUGCUAGGGGUCGGGGGCCACUCUAUGGUGAUGGUGAUCCUGUGUGGGAGGCGCAGGAGAGGAGUGGGACAUGUUGGACCUUCUCCUCGCAGCUCCCUGACAGUCACAGGGACAGACACCCUCCUGGUGGCUCUGAGCUCUGCCGACCUGCUUUUGCUCUCCAUGCUCCCCUUCCACACCAUUGCCAUAGCCAUGCAGCGAUGGCCAUUUGGAAACUUAAUAUGUCGCCUAGUGAGUUUCCUGGGAUCGGCCUGCUCCUCGGCAAGCGCCUUCACGCUGGCCACGCUGGCCACGUCGCGUUACCUGACUGUGGUGCACCCUGCGAGAGCUUAUUCUCUCCUCUCCCCACGCCGGGUGUCAUUAGCUGCUGUGCUCCUCUGGGUGCCGGCCUGCAGCCUGGCUGUCCCUCAACUGGUUUUUCACUCUGUGGGAACUCCAAAACGAACCCCAGAUGGACUUGCUUGCUUUUCUUUCCUGUCCCACCGAGACCAGAUGAUCUAUGGGUUGCUUCACUUUUUCAUGGCGUUCUUGCUUCCACUCAUCACGAUCGCAGUGGCGUACGGCAGCAUCUACAUGUUCCUGUGGAGGAGUCGGAACGCUGGGAGGGCCCCGCAAGUGGAGCGCUACCAGAGCAAAGUGACGCAGACGUCGGCCAUGCUGGUGCUGGCCUUUACUGUGUGCUGGCUGCCAUCCUACGGCCUGAUGCUGGACCUGCUGGUGGACAAACGCUCAGAUGCCACUGGCGCCUCACCACGUUAUGGCUCUUUCAGUGUGUUUGCACGCCUCAUGGCGACUUCCUCGACAGUGAUGAACCCCAUCCUGUACGUGCUCAUGUCCGAAAAGUUCAGACAAGACCUGCUGAGGCUUUUCAAGAGGGGGGGACAAAGAGCUAGUGGGGCUGUGGCCACGACCCCUGCCUGAAAAACUUGAUAGAAGCGGAGUGGCAGAAAUACUCAUAUCAACAAAAUGAUGAUCAGCAUUUGGAACAAUACCUCUAAAAACUCUCACAGAAAGCCUGAACAUCAUGUACAAGAUCAAACCAAUUGUUUUGGGAGGUGCUGCUCUACAGGGACAGCAGCACAAACAAUGUUGAAUCAUACAUUCCUUGUAAAACAAACUCAAGUAAAGGAACUCUGGUCAAACAUUAAUGGUGCAGCUGUGUCUGGUUGUGUUGAUACAAGGUGAAUACAGCUCUGUGUGUCUCUGGGCUUGUUUAUGUUUGUAUACACUCUGUUCUCAAAACACAGAUUGAAAAAAUAAAGUUCUUUUUAUGUAAACAUUGGCUACAACUUCAGAAUAAAAGUGUUUUCGAUUCUUUGUUACUCACAAAACAGUGAAAUUACCAGAAAUGAUAAUA